UGCUCUACAUCUUCAAAAGGCAUAACUUAAUCGAAUCCAAGAGCAAAAAAAUCGCCAUGUCGGCGGUGGUGAUCCUAGUAGUGUGGUGCAAGCGAGCACUAUAUCAGUUUUUUUGCUUUUGAAAUCAAGUGGAGUUAAUAAUAAAUAUAUUGCCAUGUUGCUGGCUGCUAACACAUGCCAAUACAAAAUACAAUUUGAGUUGAGAAGAUGGAGACAGGCAUGUGUACUUGUUCAUGUUCAUGAACCCUGAAUCAUUUUUUUAAAACAAAUAACACAUGUCCCAAUUCAUGCAUACAACGGAUAAUCAAUAUAAAAGGAAGGAGAAGCUUCACAGAACUUUACCAGCAAAGAAAAUUCAGACAACUUUUUUUUUUCUGAUCUCCACAAGGAAGGUUUCAAGAAAUUGCAAAGAAAUUUGGAGGUUGUUUCCGUGGUUUAACUUAAUCUAAUAGAUUCGAUCAUGUCAAGCUCAUCUUCACAAGAGAUGAUGAACUCCAAGAAUUUCUCAGAGAGUUAUAGUAUGUUGAUGAGUCAGUACUUCAAAGAAAACAAAGGUAGUUUUGGUCCAACACCCAUGAAUUUAUCAUUAUCAUCAUCUCCAGCAGGAGCUCCGGCGAUGGAUCUUUCGCCAUCUGGGUCUUCUAACCGGCAAGUUAACGUCAUGGAUUUCUUUCCUCAAAAUACUGGUUUCGGUCCUAGUACUCCAAGUUCAUUAGAAACGCCAAAGAAGGUCGAAUGUGAAAGAGCACAUCCGAUGACAAUAUUUUACGGUGGAAAGGUGGUGGUUAUUGAUUAUUUAUCUGAAGCAAAAGCGCAAGAAGUGUUGGGUCUUGCAAAGAAGUUCUCGGUUGUUAAUAAUUCUACUACUCGACAACCACCGAGUAGUUUCGUUGCGCCGAAUGAUUUUAUCAAGAAGGAUGCUCCGAAUGAUUUCAUUAAGAAGGAUGCGUUGCCUCCUAGACAUCAUCAGCAACAAAAACAACAAACCAUUAACGCUUCUGAUUUACCUAUAUCGAGAAAUGCUUCAUUACACCGGUUCUUGGCGAAGAGAAAGGAUAGGAUCAAUUCAAGAGCCCCAUAUCAAGUUGGAGGUUCUUCAUCUUCAGCCUCCGGCAAGGCUGAUGAAGCUAAAGCAAAUAUUAAGGUAGAGGAAAACAAGAAGAUAUGGCUGGGUUUGGGUUCCCAAUCUGCGCAACAGUUGGCGGAUUUAGGCUUACAAUUGUAGUACUCAUAAAGCUCCAACUAGUUUUACUUACAAAUACUUGUCCUGAAAUAUGGUCGUUUUUUUUCCCGGUAUAUUAGCAAUGCACCAUCGUCAUCGUAUAACCUUUGUGUUCUAAGUCGCGUAUUUAGAAUCUCCAUCUUGAAAUGUCAGGGAUAUUGGGAACAGAUAACAAGGGCUGAUUCAUUUAUUUGGGCAUCUUGCUCCCAAACCUAUUCGGUUUCUAUGUAGAUCUAAUUUUGUUUAGUUCACUAGGCAAGUUCUGUCAUUUUUACCUUUGAUUAUAAGAUGUAGAUAUAUUGUUAAGAAAGUUAAUUAAGGCUUUAUGAUAAUUAUAUGUAUUUUUUUCUUGGGUUGAAAUCCUAUUAUGAAAUCAAUAUGACGUCUUCA